GGAAAGGGCGAGGGGGCGGAUCCGCGUGGAGUUUCAAAUCGGAUGGGUGGGCGAGGAGCAGCUGUGCUCAGCGUCGGGUCAGCGUUGGACGCUGCUGCGGUCUGCUGGGCAGGACAGACUCUCGGCCAGGCAGAUGUCUUCUCGGUGGCCAAGCGUGGGGGUCUCCAUGCGUCGGAGAUCUCUCCAGAACCAGGAGCAGCUGGAGGAGAGCGAGGUCCUACAGCCUGCAGUCAGCCACCCGGAUACCUCCAGUGGGGCCUUGGGAUCCCUCUGCAGACAGUUCCAAAGGAGGCUGCCCCUGAGAGCAGUCAGCCUCAACCUUGGGGCAGGCCCCUCCUGGAAACGCCUGGAAACUCCAGAACCAGGGCAGCAGGGCCUCCAGGCUGCAGCUCGCUCAGCUAAGAACGCCUUGGGUGCCAUGUCUCAGAGAUUCCAGGAGUCCUGCCACAGCGGCACUAAGUGGCUGGUGGAAACCCAGGUGAAGGCCAGGAGGAGGAAGAGAGGGGCCCAAAAGGGCAGUAGUCCCCUGGCUCGCAGCCUGAGCCACAGGAGCAGCCAGCUGUCCGGGGCCGCCCCUGCCUGCUCCACCCUGGGACCCUGGGACCCUCGGGCCGUCCCUCGGCGGCGGUCCAGGAGAGAGGCCGCCUUCCGGAGCCCCUAUUCCUCAGCAGAGCCCCUCUGCUCCCCCAGUGAGUCUGACAGUGAUCUAGAGCCUGUGGGGGCAGGGAUCCAGCAUCUCCAGAAACUCUCCCAAGAGCUGGAAGAGGCCAUCGUGGCUGAGGAGAGUGGCGACAUGACUGUUUCUCUCAUUCGUGACUGAGGACGGUGCCCUUCAGGAUCCGCGCCUCCCGUGAGCUCCUGGAGGACCCAGGAGCCAGCAGUACCUCUGGGCUGCUGCAAACAAGGACCUGACUCACAGAGGCCCAGGUGGAGGCUGCUCAGGCUGCCACCCGACCCGCCAGUGACAACCCAUCACAGUCUACGACAGGCAGGGGGUAUCCUUCAUUCUUCUCCCCUUUGGGCUUAGAAACUCAUCCCACACAUGACCCUUCCGUCACCUCACUGUAACAUGAGGUGCGGGCUCCAGGUCAUCCCUGAGAGCCCUGAGCUGCCUAUGUUCCCAGGGAUGGGGUCUGCAAAGAACCAGUCCCCUGUGUCACCAGUGCCAGGACUUGCCGGAGCCCAGCGUCUGGCCCUGCUUCCCACACCAGAGCCCCAGAAGAAGGAAGGAGAGAUUUCCAGGCCAGGAGACCCUGGGCCCACGGGUACCUAUUUACAUUCAGGCACACGGCAGACAGGGUGGGUAGCCCCACUCAGUAGCAAUUUCUGCCCUUGGUCAAUUAUUUAAGAGAGAAACCCGUGUAUGACUUUCCUAGAUAACAGUGCUUUUUCAUAAUAAAGACUCUCCUUCUGUAUUUGA